CGCUACACGGUCGUCAACGUCAGUGACGGAUAGCCACGAAAAUGCGGUUUUGUCUUAUCCGGGUCCAUGGUAAGAAGUCCUGAGACACAACUGUUGCGAGCCGAGCGUCCUCAGGCAGAAAGGUAAGGUCCUGGAGGGCCAAGCAUACCGUUGCGGGGCAAAUUCCCAAGAUAGAGGCGAGUGGAUGAGACCUCCGUCAUGAUGGGCAAUCCUUGGGGUAAUGAUUCGCUGCUCAGAUUGAAACGACGAGCAAUAGGCACUCCAGCGAGCAGCAGGGAGAGGCCAGAGCUUCUCUCAAAGGUACGUGUAUGUGUGAGACCAAGAAGAGGUUCAGUCCUGGUACAUCAAACAGGGAAAAGCUGGUUCGAGCUCAAGGUUGGUGGAACAAGGAACCUUACGAGACAAAACAGCGACGGGGCGGGGGGGGGAAGGAGGCGAUGCGAUGAGAUGAGAUGGUCGGACGGGGAUAGGAGCAAAAAAGCGAUAAGCGGACAGAUGAAGACAAAGAAGGAAAAGGAUUUAAAGAAAAGAGGAAAAGAGAGCGAGCGAGCAGAUUCUUGGCUCGAUCAGGUGGAUGGAGGAGGCCCAAGUGGAGGAGGAGGAGGUGGAGGAGGAGGAGGAGGCAACGUUGUUUGAACGGGGGUCAGGGUGUGGUUCGUGGUUGUUGUUGG